UCCGGUCAGUUGGGUUCCGACAGCGCGGUUGGCUCGGGCGUGGGAAACAAAUCCUCAUUCGGACAUCAAUACAAAGACCGCACACCAGCUCGGGUCAGCCACGAAGGUCACCGAAAGGAGCCCCCAUGCAGCCGUGAGUCGGACCCACACCGGGAGACGCGAGAUUUUCAAACUGGCCCGUCUUUCUUUCUGCCCGUGAGCGCAAGAAGCGAGCCGACCGUUUUUUUUAAACAUGGCGAGGCGUCAAGCACACGUUGCAUCCGUUGUCGACGCCGACGACGAAAACUCCAGACCCUUGGGGGCUGCCCCUUCCAAGAGGUCCGAGAACCCCGACAGCAAGAUGCAGACCCGGGCUUUGAUCAAGAGGCCGGCGCUGACCAAUUUGCAGCCCAAUUUGGUGGUGGGCGGUGGCAAGCAGGCCGGGCCCACGAAGCGGGAUUUAGUUCGACAGCAAUCCAACUCCCGGCGGUCGGCCAGACUGAGCUGCAGAGGAUCCAGUUUGUGCCGUGCUCCGCCCAGCUUCGAGAUCUACGCAGAGUCGUCUGGCGCACGGGGGUCGCAAGUCGACGUCAAGGCGGCUGUCCCCGCCGUUGCUCCCGACGAGGACAGCGAGCAGGCUCAGCAUUCCGAUGAUCGGGGGGCGUCCGGCGAUGUCUGCUCAGACUCUCCAGAUUGUGGAAUGGAGUGCGAGGCCGCGGACUCCCCCAUGGUCCUGGACACGUCCCUGCACACCCUGGAGCCCAUGUCCUACAUGGAGAUCCGGGACCUGGAGGCCAGCUCGGAGUACGCCCAGGACAUCUACACCCACCUCAGGCAGCAGGAGACUCGAGGAAACCCCAACCUGGAGAUUGAUGCAGUAAACGGGACAUCUACCAACCUGGGAACAGUGGAAGCCGAGAAGCUGACCCCGAAGCCGACUUACAUGAGCAAGCAGCCGGACAUCACGUCCUCGAUGCGCGCCAUCCUCGUCGACUGGCUGGUGGAGGUGGCCGAGGAGUAUCGCCUGCACUCGGAGACGCUCUUCCUCGGCAUCUCGCACGUGGACCGCUUCCUCUCCGCCAUGUCGGUGAUCCGCAACAAGCUACAGCUCGUCGGCACAGCCGCCCUCUACAUCGCUGCGAAGUUUGAGGAGAUCUACCCGCCGGAGGUGUCGGAGUUUGUCUUCAUCACGGACGACACGUACACGAAGCAGCAGGUGCUUCGGAUGGAACAGCUGGUGCUCAAGGUGCUUUCGUUCGACAUGACGGCCCCCACCAUCUACUACUUCCUGCUCCGCUUCGCGGAAGUCGGCAAGGCCCCGGACACCGUCAAGCACCUGGCACAUUAUCUGUGCGAGCUGACGUUCCUGGAGGACGACCCGUACCUUCAGUACCUGCCCAGCAUCGUUGCCGGUGCGUCCUUGUGCCUGGCAAACCACACACUCAACCGAUUUUCGUGGUCCUCGGACCUGGUCUUCUACUCUGGCUAUAACGUGGAAGAUUCAAGGAGUGCAUCCACAGCCUGCACAGCAGCUUCUGCAAUGCUGGCACACAAGCACAGCAGGCCAUCCAGAAGAAGUUCAUGUCCUCCAAGUUUCACUGCGUCGCGAAUAUGAAGCCUGCAUCCACGCUGCCCUCCUAGCGGACGACUCCGCGCCACCACCACUGGUGCUCAAACUCAACACGAAAGAGUUUUUUUAAUUGCAUGCGGAACAAUAACGUACGUCAAUGGUCGAAGUGUGCAAUUUUAUGUAUUGUGUCAUUGUGAAAAUAAUGAAAGUCACCACUGCUGUUGCAAGAUUUUAAAUGAAACCCAUUUUUUUAUUUUUUUUAAGCCAGUAUCUGUCCUGUUCAAUAAAUGUCCUGAACCAGA